AUGCAGGGACAGCCCCUCAUGGGACAGCCUUGGGCAGCCCACGGUGCUGCUGCUGCUGCUGGUGGGGCAGUGGGACUGGCCUUGCUGCCUGCCAGCUGUCUGGGGCCCUGUCCUUCCUGCCCCCAUAUCCCUGCAAUUCCCUUCCCUGCUGCCCUCAUUGUCAUGUCCCUCCCUCACAGCCCCACUCAAGGCCUUCUCUCCCUCCUCCUGCAGACCAUGAAUUCCAUAAUACUCCUUCUCGUGCUCUUGAAGAGCCUCAUCCAGUACCCGCAGCCCGUGGGUGAUGUCUGGGAUGAGGAGACCCAACUGCACAUGGAAGUGCGUGCAAAGCAGCUGGAAUGGGAGAGGAUUCGGCUAGAGCGGGAGGUGGAGCAGCUCACCCUGAAGCAGGUGCAGCUCUUGCAGCCCUUGGCUGUUGCUGUGCUCGUGCUGCUGGUCUUGGUGCUCUGGUUUAUUGGGUGGAAAAGGAGCCUGAGGAGAGAGGAGUUAGAAGAGGAAAACAACGGUGCAGCUGAAGAGGGAGGCAGAAAUGUGCAGGCAAAUGAGGAAGAUGAUGUUGAAAAUGGAGAAGAAAACUGUGUAAAUGAUGACGCUGGAAGAAUUCUAAUGGAGCGCAUAGAGUGGCCUGUACAGGACCUGCAGAAAGGCUGCGAGUGGACAACUGGCCUCAUGCAUAAGUAUAUAGCUUACUUUGGAGAGGUGUUAUCAAACAGUUUCUACCCAGUCCUGCAGCCAGCCAUCGGGGUGGGCAGUGCCUUUGAAGGCUGGAGUCCCCGUGAGCAGGACGUUGUGUAUCAGGUGCUCAUCCCCAUGACUCCUCCGCCAGGCCACAGCUUCCACCUGGAGCUGGACUCUGCAGAGCACAGGCACGUGAGGAACUUCCGUGUCCGCGUGCAGCUGGAGUGCACCUGCACAGGAGAGCAGCAGGGCGAGAACCUGCUGUGCUUCCUGCACCAGCCCGAGGAGGAGCUGAGGAGCAAUCAGGAGCCCAGCCUCCUGGACACCCUGUGCACCGACUGCUACCUGGAUGUGCACAAAACUGCCCGCUGGUUCUGCCAGCUGGUGAGAGCAGUCUGGCCAGCUCUGCCUCACUCACAAAACUGGCACUUGACGCUGCUGCCCUCCAGACGCUCCUGCCAGUUCAAGGUGAGCAAUGGCAUUGAAAGCUUCAGGAUGGAGAUGCUGUUUGGGGUGAGGAGAGAUGACUCAGACAUCUUUGUGAGCAGCCAGACUGCAGAGGCCUACACCCCAAGCACAACCUGGCCAGAGACCUAUGCUGUGGCAGAGGCGAAGUUCUUCAACCACAUCGCCAGCCAGGCCCCACCUGACAGUCUGCACCUCAAAUGCCUCCAGUUCUUCGGCCAUCUUCAGCUGGGCAUUGGCUUCUCCACCUACACCAUGAAGACCAUUGUCAUGCACCUGCUCAAUGGCCUGCCCGUGUCAUCGUGGCACAGGGGAGAUUUCCUGCUGCAACUGAUGGACAUCGUUGAGAUCCUGUGCUUGUGUGUGCAAGCAAAACGCCUCAACCACUUCAUUGUGGGGAACCGCAGGCUUCCUGAAGAGAUCCGUUUACCCCGAGAUGUGCAGACGGGUCAGACGUACAAUCUCUUCCAUCAGCUGGCACAGGAAUCGGCCGCCCACAGGCAGGCCAUGAGUGAGUACCAGGUGCUGCGAACGCGGUUCGAGAGAAUCCUUCUCGGGGAAGACUGA